GUUACUUUUCGGAACUAAAUUUCCGUCGCUUCUUCUCUCUCUCUCUCCAGGGGUUUUGAAGUUUUGCUCUACUCAUUCCAGCUCGAAUCAAAAUUAGGGAUUUUUGGAUAUUGUUUAUCCAAGGUAAGAAUCCUUUCUAAUGGCGGACGACGAAGAAUUGUCUCUUGAGAAACAGCUGGAGUUGCAGUUAGACGAACAAAAAGAAUCACUUACAGCUAUAAAUGAAGCCCUAGUUUUAGAUUCAACAAAUACUGAGCUUCUUUCUGUUCACGAAGAGCUUGUCCUGGCGAUCAAGGAUGCGGAGGAAGGAAUUUUUCAUUUAAAACGCUCACGAUUGUUGCAAGAAGCCGAGGUAAUGCUUUCGCAUUCCGGUUGUAAGGAUUCCCAGGUGGAACCUCUUAAUUGCACAAGCAGCACUGAGGUGCAACCAUUGGAAGCAAACAUUUACUCAGUUGGAUCAACAUGUAGAUUCCGACACACUGACGGGCGUUGGUAUAACGGACGCAUAGUUGAUAUGGAUGGGUCUAGUUCUGCAAAGGUCACAUUCCUUACACCCACGUCUGACAACAUGUUGGUCUGCAAGUUCUUUCUACAACAGCGAUGUCGAUUUGGUAGUAACUGCCGCAUGUCUCAUGGAUUUGAUGUUCCUAUAUCUUCGCUGAAGCAUUACGUUCCAACAAAAUGGCAGAACUCAUUGGCAGGUUCCAGCAUAUGGGCCAUCUCAGACAUCAAUUCUGGCAUCUGGAGGAGGGCAGAACUUGAAUCGUGGGAUGAAGAUCUUGGAAUAGGUCGUGUCGUUUUUCUUAAUGAUGGAAGUUCUGCGAAUCUUGGGAGUGAAGACAUUUCAUUAUCCGAAUAUGCUCAAAUGAGUGACGAGGACAAACAAAAUCAGUUUAGUUCCGAGGAAUACGAUUCAAGUGGCAACGAAGAAGAAGAAGAAGAAGAAGAAGAAGAAGAAUUCCCUCAAGGUAUAGGAUUUAUGGAAGCUACCAUGUUACAACGUGGAAUUCAGACGGAUACUGCGGUAUUUGCUAACUGGGAGCAUCACACACGAGGGAUAGCUUCCAAGAUGAUGGCCAACAUGGGUUACCGUGAAGGAAUGGGAUUAGGUGCAUUUGGUCAAGGUAUUCUUGACCCUGUGUCAGUAAAAGUCCUUAAACCAAAGCAAUCACUUGAUCAUGCAUUUGAAUCUCGUGAAAAUGGAGAAGGUAAUAAUAGAAAUGGUAAUGAAAAUCAUGUGAAGAAACGUAGUAGAGGUGGAAAGAGAAAGCGUGAUAAGAAAUUUGCAGCUGCAGCACGUGCAGCAAAAACUGCAGAUGAGUUAACACCACCAGAUGUCUUCAGCUUCAUCAAUGGUCAGCUAGCCUCACAGGGAAAGAUCCAACAGUGCAAAAGCUUGAGGGAAGAGAAGAAGCAAGACAGGAGAUCCUUAGUUGCUUAUGAUAAUGACAUAAAAGAACUGAGAAUCCAGGUUGACAAAUUGGAAGAAAUGGUGAAUCGAAACCGUAAAGAGAAGGCAGUUUUUGAAGCUUUCUCAAGGAAAUUGAGUGAGACCCGCAAGGCAUUGGCUGAUGCAGAGGCGGCCCAGGCAUCAGCAUCCAAUGCAGUUGUCAGCAAAGAAAAAGAAAGGAGGUGGCUCAAAUUUUGAUAAGAGUUCCUAUUUCUCUUCUUUCUCCUGCUCGUAAAUCAAAGUUCAUAGGUAUUACUUCAUAAAGCUUCAUUGAUUCAAUAUUCCUUUGUUGUAUCAGAGAGAGAAAAAAAGGAAUGGCUAGGAAUGUAGCUUUGAGAUGCUAAUGUAUUUAUUGGGAGGAUCUAGUAGACGACUUUAAUGGUUAUUAAAUUUAUGCUCGAAACUAUUUUUUUGGGCCUUUAUUAUCUAUAGUACUAUCAUGUUCAGUUUUAUGUUGAAUUGGGGAAAUCAAAGCUCUUUGCAUUAACAGAAAGACUGCAUAGUAAGUCCAGCUGAAGAGUUUGUUGCCUUCGAGGAUUAGGUAAAUGUGCAUACAUUGAGAACCUUCUACCACAGGUGGCAGAUGCUGUUCUAGAAACUGGCCUAGGGCAGUUCGGAGGUAUCCUAAUUAUUGUGUUGAACCCAAGAACAGCCUACAGUGUGCCUUGGCGGAGAUGCAAACAAAAAAUCAGGCCAAGGCAAUUAUUUUGCAAUGAAUCAUUGGUCCAUUACCUGUUUAUGAUAUCUGGGAUGCCAAGGCCAGUUAAGAAACUUGCUGCUGAAAUGGAGAUGUUAGUUCGACAAAGCCUGGCUGACGGACAACCUGCCAACGGUUGGAAUGCAGUGAUCCAGACUUUGAUGUGACACAGAAAUAAAGCAACUUCUGCAGAAACAUGCUAACGAGGCUUCAUAUGUUUUGCAGAUUGAGGUUGGGGAUGAAGAAUACCCCGCAGAAAAGCAGUCAGAGAUGCUAAAAGCAAAGUACAUGGAAGUAGAGUGAAAUGCUGAACACCCUGCUCUCUUAUAGAUUUCUAAUGCAUUUGUAUACAACUUGAGAGUGGCAGAUAUUAUUGUAAGUGCAUGACAAGUUAUUCCACCAUCAUCAUUUUUAGAUAUGUUGAGUUUAAUAUAAAAUAAUUCCAAGGCGCGGUUUUUUAGAUA